UCGCCGUCUCAUGUGUGCUGCAGUGUGUGUCCUGUGUGCUGCAGUGUGUGUCCUGUGUGUGUCCUGUGUGUGUCCUUCUCCCUGCCUUCCACAUGUCUCUACACACCGCUCCAGACUGCUGCGAGUCACCUGGACUGCACUUAUACAGGAGAAGUCAGAACGAGGACGACUCUCACAGAAGGCUGAAGAGAAGAGAGAAGAACCGUGUGGCUGCACAGAGGAGCCGCAAACGUCAGACGCAGAGAGCAGACGAGCUGCACGAGGCUUAUGAGUGCUUGGAACAGCAAAACAGUCUGCUGAAGAAAGAGGUUCAGCUGCUCCUUGAGGAACAGAGAUGUCUGGCAGAUGCUCUCAAACUCCAUGAGCCUCUGUGUCCUGUCCUAAACAGCAACGUUCUCCAGGGACCGAGACCCAGUGAUGGACUUCCUCCCUGAGUUCAUAAGGAAUCUGAUACGGACAUCAGGUGUAAGUCGUGUGGUGGUGUGAGCGAACCUGCCAUCAACACACUCAAGCUGGUUUCAUCUCUGAUUCCUUUCUACAGUGUUCCCUUUCUGUCAGAAUGUCAGAUCAGUGUUUAAUCUUCACUUACUUUUAUCAGCCUGCAGGAAAUGAUGUCAUCAUUCUGUAUUUCAAACAUGUGAAAUGAACUUUAGAUCUCGGUGCCAAAAGACCGCUUUAACCACCAGAUGUGUGACUGGUUUACCGCUUUGUCGUGAGGAGUAGUGAGCCAUGAGACUGAACACUUCUGCUUUCUAGACAUGCUGAUUAACUAUAAAUACAUUUUUUAGGUUUCAGGAUUAGUUAUUUUUUUACUGUUAUGAUUACUAAGCUGAAUUUAGAUGCUCUGUUCUUGUUACAUGUAUGUGUUGGAGUUUCUUGUCGUGUGUCUGUGUAUUUGGCUGUUGAAUGUAAAGUAAACAUGAACGUUUGUGAAUGUAAAGAAUCAUCUGUUCUGACAAGAAGAAGGAAUCAAUCUGCAAAGAAAUGUUAAUAGAAUGAAUUUAAUAAAAAAAUUACUGGAAA